UCGAUGGAUUGCAAAAAAAACAAAUUGGCAAUUAUCAUUUUUAAGAACAAUUUACAUUUUACCAGAAGCUAUAAAUAGUAUUUAUUCAUUAUUUCAUGAACUUAAAUUUACAAAAGUUCUUCAAUCACAACUUCAUUAUCUUCAUCUUGUUUUUGACGAGCCAUGUUACAUUUAUCAUUUUGUUUUGUCAGACAUAGUAGAAAAACGUAUUUCAUGUCCAAUCAUGAUAUUAGAAGUAACGAGAGGACAUCAAUAUGAAGAUUCGCCAUGUAAGGAUUUAUGUAAUGUAAAGUAUCCACUAUAUUGGAUACGCACUGUACGUUUGACUAUUAGUUUACAAGAUUUAUCGGAUCUUAUUCUUCUCUUAAUGCCUGAAUCUUUACCAUCAAUCGAAUAUUUAAAUGUAACUAUUGAACAUCGACGAAAAGAUUUAAUUGCUGAAAGAUAUCAAUCAAUAAAAUCGAUAAAAUUAUCCGAAAAUGAUCUUCGUUAUAGAAAUGCUACUGAAACAAAACUUCGAUCAUUUGUUUUACGUCAAAUGGAACUCACUGAUGUUUUAGUUUUAUUCAAUACACUCACCUUUCCUCUUCUUGAUACACUUAUAUUAGUUGAUGUAUAUGAUAAAUCUUUAGAUAAUUUGUUUGCUUUUCAACAAUUGAUUAGUCCUUCAAAUUUACCUUUUCUCAAACAUAAUCAAUUUCGAUUUUUGCUUCGAUUUCCUGCUAAAUACAAACAAGAAUGGAUUGAGAGAUAUUAUAAUAAUGGAUGGCCAUUUAAUAAUGUUGGUUUUCAUGUAGAUGAACGUAUUGUGGAACAGAUUGGUUAUUCAUCUCGAUUAGAUAUUAUUGAAGGUGUAUUUUUUGUCUACUCAAUUCCUUUUGAUUUAUGGAGGUAUAUGCGUACGAUACACAAUUAUGAAUUUUUUGCUCGUCAUUCAGCAAUAACUCGUCAAAACUAUAUUUGUCAAAACAUGGAAUGGUUAUGCAAAUGGACAAACAAUGAAAUACAAUUCAUUACAAGUCUUCGAGCAAUUAGAAACGUUAAAACGCUUUGUUGUUCUUUUUUUGGAAUAAAUAAUCAACCAGAAAUUGUCAUAAAUCCAACACAUGCUAAUUUAUGUCAUCAUCUUCGUUCGUUGACGUUUCAAUUCAAACGACAUGUUCCUUGCGAAAGUUUGAAAUCUCAUUUACCAUUGCAAUUAAUUCUGGAUAAAUCACCUCAUCUUUUCUAUCUCAGUGUAAAAUGGAGCGUUCUUUCUCGUUGUUCUGGAAGGUAUCCAAUGAUCACAUAUGUUCAUCUCAGGGAUCGUACGCGUUUCGAUGUAAAUCAGUUCAAUAUCAUCAUACCUAAAGUGCAUUAUCUUGCUAUUGGUGGGCAACAACUGGUAAGAGAAAAAGAAAUGGUUAAUUUUGUAUGUGAAUUACUGAUCGACAAAGCUCAUUUUUGCGAAUUAAUAUUAUUACAAAUAAAUAAAAAUGGUAAUGUUAGACUGAAACCACAAGUCAAAGAAAAUACUAAACAAGCAAUUGUAGCAAAGAUUGAUCGUCUAAAAGAUUCAACUGUGACUCGACUUGAAUUUUCUUACCACAAUCAGCUAACCAUUUGGCUUUGCUAA